GGAGUUAAUUAUGUAAUGAGGGGGCAGGGGGUCGGGACUAGUGAAGCCGCGAGGGAGAGGGGAGGGUACACAGGUAUCCGGCCUCCUCUUGGACCCCUUCGAGGCCCCAGGGGUCUCCAUUUCAACCCACCUCCAGGGCCCCAAGGAGGGGAGGGGCUGUGAUCUCUAGUUUGGAAGGGGCUGUGCUGCGAGCUAUAAAGGGGGCAUCUCUUAGACCCCGGACUCUAGCAACGGGACACAAGGCCAGAAGAGACUGCAACAUGUACCAUCCACGAGAGUUGUACCCCUCCCUGGGGACAGGCUACCGUCUGGGACACCCCCAGCCUGGGGCCGACUCUACUUUCCCACCUGCCCUGGCAGAGGGCUACCGCUACCCUGAUUUGGAGACCUCUAAACUGGAUUGCUUCUUCUCUGGGCUUGAGGCAGCCCCCCACACUCUGGCUGCGCCCCCUCCUCUGCCCCUUCUGCCGUCUGCUCUGGGCCCUGAGACAGCACAGCCACCUUCAGAGGCCCUUCACUCGCUUCCUGGGGUCAGCCUGAGCCUGGAGAACCAGGAACUGUGGAAAGAGUUCAGCGCUGUGGGGACAGAGAUGAUCAUCACCAAGGCUGGCAGGCGCAUGUUCCCUGCCUGCCGAGUGUCAGUCACUGGCUUGGACCCGGAGGCCCGCUACUUGUUUCUUCUGGAUGUGGUUCCAGUGGACGGAGCUCGGUACCGCUGGCAGGGCCAGCACUGGGAGCCUAGCGGCAAGGCCGAGCCCCGCCUGCCCGACCGCGUGUACAUCCACCCUGACUCCCCUGCCACAGGUGCCCACUGGAUGCGGCAACCCGUAUCCUUCCACCGCGUGAAGCUCACCAACAGCACGCUGGACCCCCACGGCCAUCUGAUCCUGCAUUCCAUGCACAAGUACCAGCCUCGCAUCCACCUGGUGAGGGCCGCCCAGCUUUGCAGCCAACCCUGGGGGGGCGUGGCCUCCUUCCGAUUUCCCGAGACCGCAUUCAUCUCCGUGACAGCCUACCAGAACCCUAGGAUCACACAGCUGAAGAUUGCAGCCAAUCCCUUUGCCAAAGGUUUCCGAGAAAAUGGCAGAAACUGUAAGAGGGAGCGAGAUGCACGUGUGAAGAGGAAACUUCGAGGCCCUGAGCCAGUGGCCACAGAGGCUUGUGGGAGUGUGGAUACACCAGGGGGUCCCUGUGACUCAACCCUGGGCGGGGACAUUCGGGACUCGGAUCCAGAGCAGGCCCCAGCUCCCCGGGAAGCUGCUUCUGCCUCAGUUCCUCCAUGUGGUGGCCCUAGUGCCGAGGCCUACCUCCUGCACCCUGCAGCUUUUCACGGGGCUCCGAGUCACCUACCAGCCAGGAACCCCAGCUUCCCGGAGGCGCCAGACCCUGGGCGCCCAGCCCCCUACUCAGCUGCAUUCCUGGAGCUACAGCCUGGACCAGCGGGCUCUGCUUAUCAGGCAGCUCCAUCUGUGCCAUCCUUUGCCCCACACUUCCUUCAAGGGGGUCCCUUCCCUCUAGCAUACCCAGGACCUGGAGGUUAUCUGGACAUGGGAUCCAAGCCAAUGUACUGAGCCUAGACGGAAGCCAAGCCAGAGCCUAUGCCAUCUUCCCUCGAAAACCUCCAACUCCCUUCCCCCAGCCUGGUAGCACCCUCAUUCAAGUGGUGCCUCCCCCUACCCCCACCAAAUGGCUGCCUUGGGCCUCUCCUCGAACCCUUAGUUCACACCUUGACUUCACUCCACCCCCCUCUGGCUUCAAAGCUCAGGCAAGGCGGCUCAGAGUCCAGCUGGGGCCAGCUUCCCCUUCUCAGCUCUCACCUCAGUGCGAAUGGAGGGAGACUCUGCCUGGCCAAAUGGGGCCUCAGCCCAGUACCCCCACCUCCUGGGGGCCUCAUCACUAGUGUAAGCCACACCAAUUUGUUCUCAGGAUCAGAGUAUUUUUGUUAAUAAAACUCAAAAGACAUUAGUGCUCAGGAAA